CGCAUACAGAUAAAUUAGCGUAACUUAAGGCGGUCCGGCGAGACGCUCGACGAGACGGUCGCGUCCGCACGCGCGGGGGCAGAUUGCCGUAGGAGGGUAUCGCCAUUCCGGUAGUAGAUCCCGAGGAAAGUCGUCCCAGAGAGAUGGCUCGCGUUCCCCCGCCUCCCUCUUCCCGAUCCGAAAUCCCGCGGGAACCGCGAUUCUCCGUUGUCUUCGAGCGGGACCCAGAGUGACUGUUCAUCCCACCCUCUCCUCCCCCGCCCCCAUUUUCCCGUCUUCGUCAAACUUCCCGGGGACGAGGAGUUCCCAGGGUUGACUGGCGACACGUAGGACGUAAAGUCUAAACCCUCUCGAAUUCAGGAUUAAUUUUUUACCUCUCUCUCUCUCUCUCUCUUUUACACACUCUCUCUUGAGUACGUUUUAUACUUUGAAACAGUUGCGAAAGAGUAGACAAUGCGUACGGAGCAAAGUAACGCUUUACGAUCAAUGUCUCUCCUCGAGACACGUUCCCUCUUGCCUACUCGAGAUAUUGGAAAAAAAAGAGAAAAAAAGUGCGAUUACCACGCCGAUGGUAAAACCUUGCUCGUUGUAUCGCAUCCUGAUCGCGAGCAAGGCUCUAGUUUCGUUGCGAAGUGUCCCUCUCGCCGUACAUUUACCGUUUGUCUACUUGGGCUACCUGACUACGUUACGCUCUCUCGCUCCAGGUCCGCCUGUCUCUCUGUUUCUCUCUCUCUAUGUCUCGCGAAAAUGCACAUAAAAAAAAAUCGCCCAAGUCAUAUGAAGGCGGGAGGAUCCGGAACGAGCCGUGUACUCAUGGAAGGCAGUUUCUAUCCUUAUAGGUGCGUCCGUGUACGUCCGUCCUUCAGUUCGGCCCGUCGUCGGCGUGAUGGACUCAAAGCGGUACGAACGCAGCGCCCGAUCGCAUACCGAAUCGCCACCUGCUCCGCCCUCGCCUCCCAUGUAUAGCACAGGUUACACCACGACACACGACAGCCACAAGAGCAGGUCCGGCACGCGGCGCACGCCCUCGCCCGCCACGGACCACCAUCGUAGCAGUAGAUCCUCGCGGAACGACUCGCCGCCGCAGGAGCGGCGCAAGCGCCGCCGCAGCGGCUCCAGGUCGUCCCCGGUGCGCUCGCACAGACGGUCCAGGUCCAACGACAGAGAGCGGGACCGCGACAGAGAGAGGUCGCGCAAGUACUCGAGGAGGGACAGAUCGCGAUCGAGGUCGCGCGGCAGGUCCCGCUCGAGGGACAAGAGGCGGAGUCGCAGCCGCAAUCGCAGCAGGGACAGGGACAGGGACAGGCAUAGGUACAGGGAGAGCCGCAGGCACCACGCCAGGGCGACCUCGUACGAGUCCGACGCCCUGGAGGAGCAUGGGGAUGGGACAGGAGCGAUGAUGCGGCAGGCGGCCGCUGUUGCCCCGCAGCCGAAUGCCUUCAAGAACGACGGUAGUUUUAUGGAGAUGUUCAAGAAGAUGCAGGAGCAGAUGCAACCUGCCGCGCAAAAGCCCACCACUUCCGUGCUGGAGGAAAAGCCGGUGGUGCCGCCGCCGUUGAUGGUGGGCAAGAGGAGAGGCGGCAGGAUUCUAAAGACUGGCAUGGUGGCGAAACCAAAGACGGAGCAGGCGGUGGAACAGCCCAAGGAUGCGUGGUCCCUUUACAUGGCGGAGGUGAAGAAGUAUCGGGAGGUUUGCUGCCAGGAGGAGGACAACACGCGGCCGUUGGUUAAAUAGCUUCAACGAUUCGCGUCGUCCCGUCUUUACAUACUUUGGCUCAUUACUUUUCUUCUCUAAGAUAUCUGUAGUUGAUCGUAAGCAUCCUUGUAAACGAAAAGAUAAAAAGAAAGAACCGCGGAACAAAUACUUCUCCUCAGAGGUACCUUUCGUUCAUUUUGUUUCCGCCGUGAGCACUUUCUGUUCACUUAAGCCCAGCGCCAACUCUUUGUUAACGAGCUGAACGAAAGAGAAACGGAGAAUGGAGGAAGUGCCGUGAGAAACGGACUCAUUUGUGAUAUAGUGUCGUGCGUGCUUUUUUGAGAGACGUAUGGACGAGAGCGAGAGAGAAAUAUACAAUUUAUAUACAUUUACGGGCAGGUAAAAGGGGGUAAAAAAAGAGGGAGAGAGAAGGUGAGACGCGCGACCGUGAAUCCGUGCUGAAAUUUAGAGAUUAAAUAAU